AUGCCUCCGGAUGCAAGGUGGGCGUCAUACCACCCGGGCGACUGGUUCACCAUGGUGUCGGACAAUUGGAGCUUGGACGCCAAAGGAGUACCCUGCGUGUAUGAGGACAAGUUCAACGCUGUCUUCAGGCGGCUGGGUCUUGCGCACAAGCUUACCUUCGACAUAGUUUCGUACGACACGGCUCCCGAGACCGACGACAUCUUUGCCAUCCCGAAAGGUGUCGACUGCAGCAGGUCCUGCCCAAACAAGAAAGGCUGGUGUAAAGGCGGCUGA